AUGAUGGUUUCCUGACAAACUGUAAUAAAUCCUGAGUUUCAUUUAGAAAUACACCAUUGUAAAUAGCUUUAUUGUGUGAGUUUGUUUGCAAAACAUAGGUUGUACUCAGUUUUUUAAAAACCAUUGGUUAUAGCUAAAAUAAAAAGAAGCAGAGGAAGAAGACAUUUUUUCUUAACUGACAGGGCACAAGGGUUGCUAUGGUUACUAGCUCAUCAAGCUAGCUUGUUAAACGGGCCACCUAAAAUCAGAAAAGAAAAAAAACUUCAGGGUGUUUAGAUAGAAAAAAGGAAGAAAACUAAAUUUGUGCCUAACUUUAGGGAAGGAUCAGAACUGCAUCAAGCCAGCAACAUAAAAAGUCCCAUGUUAUUCAUUGGAAGCAGCCGCAGCAAACGCUCCAGUCUGGACGGAAGUGAUGGUACCGACCAACCCUCCAGAACCCCUCGGGUGUUGGACAGUGAUGGCAAAGAUGUGACUCCUCUGUCUCUGCAUCAAGCAGAGUCAGGAGAAACGCAGGCGAAACCAAGCAAACUGUUUAUGGAGGAAGUCCUCUCCAGUUCUGGCUCAGAAAGCUCCAGCUCAUUGUUUUGCAGUCGAUUUUCCACACUGUCUUUUGAAACAUCACUGACUUCAGCAACUGAGACUUCUUCACCACUCACUUCACUGCCUCAACCCCCAACUCCACAUGAGGUCCCGAGGGAACCAGAUACUGUGACAGAGGAGAUCUUGGAUGAGGUAGUAGACAUCUGCCUGACUGAGACAGACAGCGUUUCAUUGCUAGACAUUCCCAGCACUUUAGUGUCGGAGGAUUCUGAUGAUGCUGAAACAGUUAGAAAGACAAACAUUCAGUACACUGAGCUUUGCAAGAGGCGUCUGUGCAGCGAUAAGUUUGUAGCACAUGCGGCGCAGACAUUUUGGGGAGCACCUAAAGACAAAGAGGUCCAGUGUGACAACAUUGUGAUGGUAGAUGAAGGAACAGUUGCUAAGGUCUGGGACAUCUGGGACUCUUUUCAUAACCAACAUGAAAGCCCAGCCAGUGUAGAGGCCAACUAUCUACUACCAAGUACUGUGGACACCAUCAAAGGUCCAGAGGAGGAUGGAGAGAGAAGUGACUGCCACUCAUUUAGCUCAGAUCCACAGCGGGUUUUGCUGUCAAAAUCACUCCUAUCCAGCCUCGUGAUAAUGGAGCGGAGCAUUCUGACAAACAUCAUUCAUCCUAAGCUGGCUGCUUAUAAAGGCUUGCCCAUACUGAAAGACCCUGACAGUGUGCCAGAAGAUGAGCAAGGCAGCCAGGAGGCUGAGGACCGCCCUCUGACCCCAACACUGGAACCUCUCUGGGAUUUCAGGUGUGAGAUCACCAACGAAUGCAGCGUUACCAGCAUGGUGUGGAACAGGAAGAACCCGGAUCUUGUGGCUGUGAGCUAUGGUGACCUUGACUCCACAAAACACAGGCCAACUUUCAUCUGCUGUUGGUCCCUAAAAAACCCCAUGUGGCCAGAGCGCGUCUUCCAGUGUCACAGCUGUGUGACAUCCCUGGAUUUCUCAGCCAACCGUCCCAGUCAGCUGGCUGUGGGGAUGUUGGACGGCACCGUGGCCGUUUAUGAUGUCCGACGCCCCGACAGCGAGGCGUGUGUGGCCAGCAGCAGCAACUGUUUAAAUAGGCCUCUGCAUCCAGUCUGGCAAGUCAUCUGGACAAAGGCAGAGAUGAGGUUAACAGGAAGGGAGAGGGAGGAAGCCCUGGUGUCUGUGUCAGAGGAUGGCAGGGUCAUUAGGUGGGCCUUCUCCAGCAGCGGUCUAGACAACAUAGACCUGAUGAACUUAGGAAGGCUGAAAGUGAACAUGAGCAGUGAUGUUUUUUCAGCAGUGACUCCAGGUUUCUGCAUUGACUUCCAUCCAAAAAAUUACGGUAUCUACCUGAUUGGCACAGGAAGUGGCCUCAUCUACACGUGUUCCGUGUUCAACUCCAAACAUUGCCUGGAGAUGUACCAGGCGCACACUUCCCCUGUGAACCACAUUGAAUGGUCUCCAUUCAGUCCUGACCUCUUCUUAUGCUGCUCCGCUGACUGGAGCAUUCAGCUGUGGAAGCGGGGACACUUCGCCCCAAUGCUGAGCUUCACAUCCACCCAGAGAGUGGUGCACACUGCUAAGUGGUCCCCAGACUGGCCCACAGUGUUCGCAGCCAUAAAUGAGCAACAGCUGGAGAUCUGGAACCUGGCUUCAGACGUCCUGACCCCAACAAUUGUGCACUAUAACACACCUGGAGCUGCUAUGACGGAGCUGCUGUUCGCCCCGGGGACAGACUGUGCCCUGGUGGGGGGCAGUGAUGGGCAAGUGACUGUCUACAACAUCAAGAACCUCAAUGUGGGACAAAAGAAUCAGGUGGAUGGUCUAGAGGACGUCAUUAGGUCCAGGCUUGUGGUUUGUAGCUCUACACAGGGUGAGCUUCAGACGGACUCUCAUCACAUUUAAGCUUGUGAUAAGACGUAAAAACACAGAGACACUAUUCUUCACCAUUGGGUUUGUUCUAUAAUAUUGUAGUCAAAUAAAAAAACAAAAACUGG